AGGACUUCCCUGUGACUUGCAAAGAGUGCAGGCAUUCAACCCUCAGCCACUUCAGAGUGUUGGAGCGCACGGACCAGCGCGCACGUUUGGGAGCAGAUCGCCAAACGCACAAAGCCAAAACCGGAGCGGAUCUCCUCUUCCUCUCUUAUUUUCUCCCCACCUGUUGAUGAAGUCCCGACGGGCCCCGGGGCGCAGGAGAGACGUGUGAUUUGUUCCCGGGACGUAACGUGUGAACAGGGUGCAGGAGUUGGUCCAGUCCGGUGGGCAGGAGGAAAGAAGGACUUCGUUGUUUUCCCUUUCCCCAGCGGUUGCAGCGUGUGCUGGGUUGGAGGAAAAUGGGCUCUCGGAUCUGUGGACUUCUCCUCUCUUUGCUCCUCUCAUGUCAGCUGGUUAGUGUGACACAGGCCUCCAAGGUGUGGGGAGAGGUCCCGCUGCCAGACGACUUAGUGGAGCAGAAGGGUGUCCAGGCGGCACCGAGCUUACUGGGCGACGAUGAGGACUUUGUCGCUGAUGAAGCCUCAGGAGAUCUUCCCAGUGGCGAGGAUGACGGAAGCGCAACAUGGCCCCCAGUUUCUGACACUACAAAGUACUGGUUGGACUCUUCCUAUGUGGGGAACAUAAAGAACUCAGUUGAGCCAUCCUACAUUUAUUACAGAGCUCUAGUCAACUUCACCAACUCCAUCGUCUACAGCUCAGAGUUGGAGGACAUCUUCUCCCCGGCCUUUAAUGAGAUCUCAGAAGCUGUGGUUGACACGCUGGAGUCAGAGUACAACAGGAUUUCAGGUGUCCAGACAGUCAACGUGGUCCUCGUUAAGAAGGUGGUUAGAGAGAAUGGCGUUGACGUAUUUGUGGAACUGGACGUGGGCUCUAACUACAACAGCAACAGCGAACAAAUUCGAAGUGUGCUGUACAGCGUAGUGCAGAAUGGCGAAAUUGCCUCCUAUGUCACAUCAGUAGAGGGCUUUCAGUUCAGACAGCUUGGAGAAGUUCAACCUCUGCCCUCAGUGGAGCCCAUAGCGGUGCCAGUACCCCCCAUCAUCAGACCCUGCAUGCCGGAUGAGCACAGGUGUGGUGACGGGACUUGUAUCCUGUUGGAAUACCUGUGUGACAACCGGCCGGAUUGCCGUGAUAUGAGUGAUGAGAACAAUUGUGAUAUGAUAAGGCCCGUUAUCCCAAGUGUACCCACCCGUGCCACCACAACUGCCAUCGCUAAACCUCCGCAGCCACCCGUCAUUCCAGGAUUCUGUAGAGCGGAUCAAGCAAAAUGCCAGAGUGGAGAGUGUAUCCCUCGAGACUACAUCUGUGACGGAGAGAGAGACUGCUUGGACGGAAGUGACGAAUUCCGAUGUGGAACUCCGUCGCCAUGUGAACCAAAUGAGUUCAAGUGCAAAAACGGUCGUUGUGCCCUCAAGCUAUGGCGUUGUGAUGGAGACAAUGACUGUGAGGAUAACUCCGAUGAGCUAGACUGCCCCACCAAGGGUCCUGAUGACAGGUGUGCUCCAGAGCAGUUUGAAUGCCUUAGCGACCGCACUUGCAUCCCAGCUAGUUACCAAUGUGACGAAGAGCCAGACUGCCCCGACCGCUCGGAUGAAUACGGUUGCACCCCUCCCUCGGUGACAAGCCCACCAGAAGAAUCCUUUCAAGCUGCACGGGGAGCUACAGUGACAUUCACCUGUCAGGCUGUUGGAGUGCCAACACCCAUCAUCACUUGGAGACUGAACUGGGGACACAUCCCUAUCAGCGGCAGAAUCUCCAUGACCAGUGAGAAUGGUCGCGGCACCCUCACCAUUCGUGACGUGAAGGAGGCCGAUCAGGGGGCCUACACUUGCGAGGCCAUCAAUGCCAAAGGUCUGGUGUUUGGUAUUCCUGAUGGAGUGCUAACCCUUACAUCGAAUCCCAACCCAGGAAACUGCCCAGAUGGUCACUUUAGUGUGGAAGGUCGUUGUGUUUCCUGCUUCUGCGCUGGAAUCACCAAGAAUUGCAAGGGCACUGGACGCUACCGCAAUCAGAUCAGUCUGCGCUUCACUGAAGAGGAAGACUUUAAAGGAGUGAAUGUCAGCUACCCAUCUCGGCCAGGGGUCCCUCCUCUUUCCUCCACUCAACUGCUCAUCAACCCUGAGAUGGAAGAAUUCCAGCUUGUUGAUUUGUCACGUCGCUUUCUCAACCUGGAUUCUUUCUGGACCUUGCCUCGCCAGUUUCUUGGCAAUAAGAUUGACUCCUAUGGAGGAUCCCUGAAGUACAAGGUGCGCUACAUAUUAGCUCGAGGUCUGUCUGAACCUGUGGAGAAGCCGGAUGUAAUCCUUGUUGGAAAUGGACGAAGGCUUAUAUACCGCAGAAGCAGUGCCGUCCCUGCUAGUGUGGUCAACCAGAGAGAAAUCAAAUUCACUGAAGAUAACUGGCAACACUCCAGCGGCCGGCAGGUAAGCCGUGAGGAACUAUUGAUGACACUGGCUAACCUGGACAGCAUCAGCAUCCGCACAAUCUAUGACAACCACAUGGUCAGCGUGGCACUCAGCGAUAUUGUCAUGGACACCACCACCGUGGAGUUCAGCACUCGAGGUCACGCUAAGGAUGUUGAAGAGUGCAGAUGUCCCCCUGGAUAUACGGGCCUGUCCUGUCAAAUGUGCUCCUCUGGCUUUGAGCGUGUCCCUGGUGGCUCCUAUCUGGGCACCUGUGCUGGUUGUAACUGCAAUGGACAUGCCAGCGCCUGUGAUCCAAUCAGUGGACACUGUCUGAGCUGCCAGCACAACACAGAAGGCGCUCAGUGUGACAAGUGUCGGGCAGGUUACUUUGGUGACCCAAGACGAGGCCGGUCCGAUGACUGCAAGCCCUGCCCUUGUCCAUACUAUGAAACCUCCCGCCGGUUCUCCGACACCUGCUUCCUUGAUUCUGACCAACAGCCAACAUGUGAUGCCUGCAGGCCCGGUUACACAGGAAGACGUUGUGAAAAAUGUGCUCCUGGUUACCAGGGUAACCCUCUUCUGCCAAAUGGAAAAUGUGUUCCUCAGCAAACCAAGUGUGACAACAGAGGAAGCAUCAGCUCAAGCAGCAGGCCAUGCACCUGCAAGAACAAUGUGGCAGGCGCUCAAUGUGAUGAGUGCAAGCCUGGCUUCUUCCACCUAUCAGGGAACAACCCCGAGGGCUGUCUGCGUUGUUUCUGCAUGGGCGUCACCAAACAGUGUGCCAGCUCUACUUGGAGUCGAGAUCAGGUGCGAGGAGGAGUAAACGGGCAGCUUUUUACACUCACCAACAGUGGCAAUACGAGAACUAUUACUGAGGGCAUCUCUCAGAGGGGCCCCUCAGAGGUUGUCUACCGCUACUUUAGCAGUAUCCCCGACGACAUCUACUACUGGGUCAUGCCUGAAAGUUUCAGAGGAGAUAAGGUGACAGCCUAUGGUGGGGAACUUCGCUACACUGUGCGUUUUGAGCAGUUUCAGCGUUCACUGGCGAUUGAUGGUCAGCCAGAUGUGGUUCUCCAGGGCAACGGCAUCUCUCUGGAGCAUUACACCCAGACCAAAACCCACCCGCGUGUCUCACAAACGGUCACUGUGACAUUCAGAGAGUCUGAAUGGCGUCGCACUGAUGGGCAGUCGUGUACACGGGAACACCUCCUCAUGGCUUUGGCCGAUGUUAGCACCUUACUCAUUAGGGCCACAUAUGCGGACAACAUGGCAGAGAGCAGUAUAUCAGACAUCAAGAUGGAUGUCGCUGUUCCUCACUCAACUGGGAAUGAACGUGCCCUGGAGGUGGAAGAGUGUGCUUGCCCCCAAGGAUAUAGAGGACCAUCUUGCCAGGACUGUGAAGAAGGUUACACUCGAACCUCCUCUGGUCUUUACCUGGGCACUUGUGAGAGGUGCGACUGCAAUGGGCAUGCCAGCAGUUGUGAUCCGGAGACCGGCAGGUGUCUUCAAUGUCUCCACAACACUGCUGGGCCAAGGUGUGAGCUGUGUGAGACUGGUUACUAUGGAAACCCAACAACGGGAGGUGCUCAGGCAUGUCAGCCUUGCCCAUGUCCAGGGACUGCGUCCAGCAACCAAUUCUCCCCAACCUGUUAUCUCGAAUCUGAUGGUCAACCAACCUGUGACAGCUGUCCCCCUGGAUAUACUGGCAGACGCUGCGAGAGAUGUGCGCCAGGAUACACCGGCAACCCAUUACUUGGACAGAGGUGCACGGCUGGUAACGAAGUCACUGGUAACUGCUACAACUGUGACCCAAGAGGAAGUGAAGGCUGCAAUGGCGGCUCUUGUCGCUGCAAAAUGAACGUUGAAGGCCCAUCCUGUUCCACAUGCAAGGCUGGAACCUUCCAUCUUAGUCAGCAAAACAAAGAUGGCUGCCUGUCCUGUUUCUGUAUGGGUGUCACACAGCAGUGCUCCAGCUCUAACUACUACAGAGACCUGGUAUCCUCACCAUUUUAUCCAGGGAACUUCCAGGGAUUCGCACUGGUGAACCGCCAACGCACCAACCGCAUCUCCACUGGUUUCACAGUGGAGAUUUCCACUGAGGGCACUCAGCUGUCCUACAGCAACUUUGACUACCUUGGACAAGAGCCCCACUACUGGCAGCUUCCAGGGGUCUUCCAGGGAGACAAGAAAGACCCGUCCUUGACGCGUAUCAAACGAGCAGCGCAGAGUGAGAGUGUCAGACAGCUGGAUGAUGAGGUCUGGGCACUUCUCUCAAACUUCUCCUUUCAACGAUCUCCACUUUCCUCCUCCUCUCGUUUUCCGACCUCUUCAUACUCGUCCUCUCAACGGUCUUUGCACAAUCUGAGCCCACCUCCUCGUCCGUCUGGCAUCUCCUCCUCAGUUAGACCAACCAGACCUCAAACGUACUCCCCAGGCCAUGCUCCUCACCUGCAGAGCAAGAACACACUGAGCAAGACAAAUGGCCGACCCUCUGGAGCCAGCAGCGAGUACUCUCUGGUCUACAAAGGUUUCAGCUUGCACCAGGACGAUCUGCUCUACUGGCAGCUCCCUGCACAGUUCACAGGGGAUAAGGUGGGCUCAUACGGUGGCAAACUCAAAUAUACCAUCUCCUAUGUGGCUGGUGCAAGAGGAACUGUACUUGAAGACGCCGAUGUGCAGAUUAUCGGUAAUGACAUAACUCUGGUAGCUGGACAGUCCUGGCAGAGAAGGCAGCACGGCAGCAGAGAGACUCGACAGUUUGAGGUCGUCUUCACAGAGGAACACUGGCGUCGCCCUGACGGCAUGCCUGCCACACGAGAGCACUUGCUGAUGGUUCUGGCUGAUCUGGAUGACAUCCUGAUCCGAGCGUCCUACUACAGUGAGAUGCGCUCAUCCAGUAUCUCUGACAUCAGCAUGGAAGUAGCCGUGCCCAACUACAGCGGCCUGUCGCAGGCUCUUGAGGUGGAGCAGUGCCGCUGCCCACCUGGUUACCUGGGACUUUCUUGCCAGGACUGUGCGUCUGGUUACACUCGCACCGGUGGAGGCUUAUACCUGGGUCACUGUGAGCUUUGUGAAUGCAAUGGCCACUCUGACUCCUGCCACCCCGAGACUGGCAUCUGCACAAGCUGCCUGCACAACACUCAGGGUGAACUUUGCGAGCAGUGUGCCCCCGGCUUCUUCGGUGACCCCACUGUUGGCACACCAGAGGACUGCCAACCCUGCGCCUGCCCUCACACUGACCCGGACAACCAGUUCUCUUCUACGUGCGAGAGCCUUGGCAAUGGGGGCUACCAGUGUACCGCCUGUCAGCCUGGAUACACAGGCCAGUACUGUGAGCGUUGUGCUCCUGGUUAUGUUGGCAACCCACAAGAGAGACAGAAGUGUCGUCCAUACGAUGCUGCGGCAUCACUGGUGGUGAGGGUGUAUCCAGAGAGGGUUCUGACAACUCAGGGCGGCUCAGUCAUCCUGCGGUGUCAAGUGUCUGGCUCUCCACCACACUACUUUUACUGGUCCAGAGAGGACGGGCGGCCCAUCUCAAGCAGCGCCGACAGACGCAGACAAGGAGCAGAACUGUACUUUCACAAUGUCCAGCCAAGUGAUGCUGGUGUUUACGUCUGUACCUGCCGGGACCAGCGUAGCAGUAACAAGAGCCGUGCAGAAAUUGUUGUCACAAGUGUCCCGACCAAGCCCAUCGAGGUGACAGUUGAGGAACCCAAAGCCCAAACAAUUCGCGUGGGAUCAACUGUAAACUUCAUCUGCACAGCAAAGAGCAAGUCGCCAGCCUACACGCUGGUAUGGACCCGGCAGGGUAACGGGAAGCUGCCCAACCGGGCCAUGGACUUUAAUGGCAUCUUGACCAUUCAGAAUGUCCAGCCAGAAGACGCAGGCAUCUACGUCUGCACAGGCUCCAACAUGUACGCUAUGGACGAGGGCAAUGCCAUCCUCUAUGUGCCAGAGGCCUCACAGACACAGAUGUUUUACACAGCCUAUGAAAUGUUUGAAGGACACAGAAAGCCUGCUGAGGGGGCCCAGCCUGUGGCCACCAUCAACCCUUCUUCGCUGACUGUCCAGCAGGGCCGUAGGGCCGAGUUUCGCUGCACAGUGUCUGGGAACCCAACUCCUGCCAUUGAAUGGAUCGGGGGUCCCGGGAACAGAAUGAGUCCCAGGGCUGUGAUAAGAGGAAACUUGUUGACUUUCACAGCAGUGGACCAGGCGGAUGAGGGCGAGUAUGCCUGCAAAGCUCUGAAUACCCACGGCGAGCACACAGCAUGGGUUUCCCUCUUUGUCAAAAAGUCGAACCCCAACGGAUUCGGCACCCAGCCCCAAGUCCAAGUCAGUCCCCAAAAUAUUCAUGCUCAUGAGGGUGACACCUUGAGGUUGUACUGUCGCGCAACAGGAUCACCAACCCCGAAGCUCACCUGGCUGAAAAAUGGAGGGCAAAUCCCGCCCCAGGCCGUUCCCUCUCAUGGUUUCCAUCAGUUUAAAAGCAACAGUGUCGAUGUGUUACACAGACGUAUUGAGGAGAUGCAGGCCAACAUGGAUCGCACCGACAUUGGUACUCUACUCAUCCCAAAUGUAAAGGUAUCUGAUUCGGGCACAUACAUGUGCGUAGGCAGCAACAAUGUGGGCUCCAACAGCGCCCCCAUCAAAGUUACGGUGUUGAAAGCCGAUCAAAGCUCAUCAUCAAUCAAAAUCCUGCCAUCGGCAGCAGACGUCCAUGAGGGUGAAGACUUGUCGCUCAACUGCAUGGCCUCUGGAAGUCCUCCUCCUCAAAUCACCUGGACAAGAGCUGGUGGAAGCCUCUCUUCUAACCACCAGGUUGUUGGCAGUCAGCUUCGUAUCCUGUCAGCUACCCCAGAGGACUCAGGAGAGUACAUCUGUCAAGUGCAGGGCAUUCCUGGAUCUCAAAUCCAACAGGCCACUGUCUCUGUUUCGGUCACUUCAUCCUCUUCACGUCUUCAAAGUCCUAUCAUCGCCAUCGAGCCCCACAGCGCUGCAAUACGUGUGGGCGAGUCAGCCAGCUUUAGGUGCAAAGUGUAUAGCGGAGCCCAACCUGUUAGACUGGAGUGGAAACUAUCCAGCAACCAACCGCUGCCAGACAAUGUCCAAGUUGGACCUGAUGGUUCUGUGAUUACCAUUUCAAAUGCAAAAUCAGUCAAUCAUGGUGCUUACCGCUGUGUGGCCAGCAACCCAUUUGGCAUCACCCACACAAUUGUGUCCUUGAUUGUGAAAGAAUCUCCUGUGGCCAUCGUCACCCCUGUUGGGCCAGUGCGGAUCAGGGUAGGUGAACCCAUUAACCUGGAGUGCCAAGCUUCGGGAGAGCCUCGACCUUCCGUCUCAUGGCACAGGCUGGACAGCAACCGCAAGGUCAUGCUUAGCAGCCCCGUUCCAGUAGAGUCCAAUGCAGUCAUGCAGAUUCUUGUGGCCCGUCCAGAAGAUAGUGGCACGUAUGUGUGCACGGCGCGCAACAACGAAGGCAGCACCGAGACCAGAGUGGAGGUCAUUGUGGAGGGAGGCUCCCAACUUCCCUCAGUGCCAAGAGCUUUUGUUCCCGAACCACUGAUGAUUGUGGUGGAAGGUCAUACCGCAACCCUGCGCUGUGAUGCCCAUGGUUUUCCCCCCCCAACUAUCACAUGGUCCAAAUUGCGGUCACCUCUGCCUUGGCGACAUAAGGUGGUGGACAACUACCUAGUACUGCCCAACGUGGGCCGCCAGGACUCUGGGGAAUAUAUUUGCGCUGCCACCAACAACAUGGGCACUACUGAAGUCACCAUUACGCUGGAUGUGGAAACCCCUCCAUAUGCUACUUCUGUGCCCGACGAUGUGGCAGUGCGUGUCGGGGAGGUGAUUCGGUUGCAGUGCCUGGCGCAUGGCACUCCUCCUUUGACCUACACUUGGACCAAGCUGGAUGGCGGGCUGCCCUCGAGGGCCCAGGUCAGUGACGGGGAUCUCCAGAUCAAUCUGGCUACCACCGAAGACGCAGGGAGCUACAAGUGUGUGGCCAGCAACAAAGUUGGCCACAGUGAAGUAUUGGCUAAAGUUGCAGUCAGAUCACCAUUGGCUGUGCGUGUGUCCCCGCAAGUGGAGGUGAAGGCUCAGGGCAGCGCUGUAGAGUUCACAUGUUCAGCAGCCGGGGGAGUAGAAACUAAAAUUGAGUGGCUGAAGGAGGGAGGUGCCCUGCCCCCGAACCACCAUAUCAAGGAUGGCGUGCUCAGAAUUGAGAACCUUGAGCAGAGCAAUGAAGGUGUUUACAUCUGCCGAGCAAGCAGUGUGUAUGGUCAGGCUCAGGACGCGGCCAGGCUGACCAUUCAAGCACUGCCCAAGGUGAUGAUCAACGUGCGCACCUCAGUGCAGACCGUAAUGAUCGGGAACUCUGUGGAGUUUGAAUGCCAGGCCAUCGGUGACCCUGAGCCCACAGUCAAAUGGAGCAAAGUGGGCGGGCCUCUCCCCACACACAUUGUGGUGAUGGGUGGCAUGUUGAAGAUUGAGCGAGUGACGGAAGCUGACGCAGGGCAGUAUCGUUGCACAGCCACCAAUGACGUAGGCUCGGUACAGUCCCAGGUGGUCCUUAAUGUCCAGUCGCUUCCUCAAAUUUCUGCCCUGCCUGAAAGGAAGGAGGUGACUGUUGGGUCUGAUGCUGUCUUGCCUUGUGUAGCAUCGGGAUAUCCUGUGCCUGAGAUCAGAUGGUCCAAGGUUGAAGGUGAGCUUCCUCCGAAGUGCUACCAGGAAGUCAAUGUGCUGACGGUUCCUCGAGUCACGCAAAGCGACUCGGGGACGUACGUGUGCACCGCUUCUAACAAACAGGGCAAAGUGGAAGCCUUCACUAGACUGGAAGUUCAUGAGAGAGUGAUGCCAUACUUUGCCCAGGAGCCGCUGUCCUAUCUCACCCUGCCCACCAUCAAAAACGCCUACAAGGCUUUCAGCAUCAAAAUCAACUUCAGGCCUGAUAACGUUGAUGGUCUCAUAAUGUACGCUGGUAUGAUCCUUUACAAUGGCCAGAGGAGGACCACAGGAGCUGACUUCAUUUCUCUUGGACUUGUGGGUGGCCGUUUAGAGUUCAGGUUUGACGUGGGUUCUGGCAUGGCCACCAUUCGUGACCCUAACCCUAUUAAACUGGGAGAAUUUCACACAGUCAAGCUGUAUCGCAACCACACCCUUGGCUACAUCAUAGUGGAUGGUGGAGAGCCCAUCAAUGGCAGCUCACAAGGCAAGUUUAAGGGCUUGGAUCUGAAUGAGGAGCUGCAUGUGGGAGGUUACCCCAACUAUACAGCUUUGGCCAAAACCGCUGGAAUCAAGACAGGGUUUGUUGGUUGCAUUCGCCAGCUGGUCAUCCAAGGUGAUGAGGUCAUUUUCAAGGAUCUGGAUCGCAGCUCCACGGGUGUUACAAACUGUCCCACUUGCAAGGAUCACCCAUGCCAGAAUGGAGGGAGGUGCGAGGACUCGGACACUAGCUUGUAUAAGUGCAGCUGCCCCAGAGGAUUUACUGGCAGCAACUGCCAGCACCACUCAUCCCUUCACUGCCACUCGGAGGCUUGCGGACCAGACGCUACUUGCAUUAAUCGCCAAAGUGGCCUGGGUUAUGAUUGUCGCUGCCACCUGGGAAAGUUUGGGAACAAAUGCAUGGAUGGGGAACUGGUAACCACUCCGCUGUUUGAUGGAGAGGACUCGUACAUCUCCUACCCUCCUCUGACGAAUGUCCAUGAUGACCUGCGAGUUGAACUGGAGUUUAAACCCCUUCAGAGAGAUGGUCUGAUGUUUUUCUGCGGAGGGAAGAAGAUGAGGGUUGAGGACUUUGUGGCUAUCUCCAUCGCAGAAGGGCAUGUUGAGUUCAAGUACGAACUGGGCACAGGUCAGGCAGUCCUUCGCAGUCCAGAACCAGUCUCUCUGGGUCAGUGGCACCGACUUGUGGCUGAGCGGAACAAGCGGGAUGGUCACCUUAGAGUUGACCAUGGUCCAGUGGAAAAGAGGGCUUCACCAGGAAAAGCCCAGGGCCUCAAUAUCCACACCCCCAUGUUCCUAGGAGGUGUCCCCAACAUGGAAAUCCUGCCCAAGCCUGCAAAUGUCAGCAAUAUGUUUGAGGGCUGCAUAGGAGAGGUCCUAAUCAACAACAAGAAGGUAGAUCUGUCCUACAGCUUUACAGAAAGCAGAGCCAUCCGCAAGUGUGUGGACACCAGCCCAUGUGACCGCAGGCCCUGCCUGAAUGGCGGCCACUGCAUGCCCAAUGCUGAGUAUGAGUACCAGUGCCUUUGCAAGGAUGGAUUUGAAGGCGAGCAUUGUGAGAUCAUGAAAGACGUCUGCCAGAGCGACCUUCAGUGCCAAAAUGGCGGCAACUGUAUUGGUGGACAGUGCGUGUGCCAGUCAGGCUUCACAGGCCUCAACUGUGAAGAAAGCCGUGUCGCCAGCUUCCCAGAGGCCGCGUGGAAUUCAGAGGCUAGCGAGGCUAAUGAUUCCCCCUAUCAGUACGCAGCCCAUUUUAACAAUGAUGGAUACGUUGCCCUCCCUAAAACCAGCUUCCAAAGAAGCGCACAUGACUCACCAGAGACCAUUGAACUGGAGAUCAACACCUUCUCCUCUGAGGGUCUGGUCCUGUGGCAGGGAGUUGAGACCAAUGGCACACUCAAUGUGCGAAAGGUGCAUGCUAGUAAAAAGGAACGUGGAGAGCACAGCAAAGGCAAGGAUUUCAUCAGCCUGGGCCUUCGCAAUGGACACCUGGUUUUCAGUUACCAGUUGGGCAGCGGAGAGGCAGCAAUCAUGUCAAGGAGGACCAUCAAUGAUGGGAAAUGGCAUAAAGUUACAGCAGUCAGGACUGGAAAAGAUGGCUACAUCCAGAUUGAUGAAGGAGCUGCUCUACAUGGGCAGUCAAAGGGCAAAAGCAUUAUGGUCAACACAAAAGGCCACCUUUACCUGGGCGGAGCUCCAGACAUGGCAGCAGUGACAGGAGGGAAAUUUUCCUCUGGAAUGACAGGAUGUGUGAGGAACCUGUCCCUCAUGAACGCCCGGCCUGGAGAUGAGGCGGCUCAGACCAUCGACCUGCAAGCCCACGCAGCUCACAGCGUCAACGUGCAGCCGUGCACGUUAUAGACCCCACACACCUGCACAAAAACAAACUCUCACGUACACACACACGCACACACACACACACACACACACACACACACACACACAAAGAAUGUGGAGUGAUUUCAUCGACACACACACUUCCUAGAGAGACUGACACAGUACCUUACACGAACUUGGUGCUUAGCUGCUACCAAAAACCGGACGAUACAACAUGAUCUUGGUGCGGUGAAACCAAAACAAACAAAAAAACUAACAUUUCUUCUCUUCCUCAGUGUUUUAUUCUGGAUGAAGGAGAGAACAUGUGCAGUUUACGUACUUGCAGCAGUAGUUUUAGCCAUGAGAAGUCAGAUCCUAUGGAGAUGGAGAGGUUUUUACAGCACUGAAUUUUAUUUAUAUGCAUAUGAAUAUAUAUUAUAUUUGUGGAGGAUAAACUUGCUAACUAACCAUCACUGCACUUCCUAGAAAUGAUUCUGGCAUCUAACAGCGUGCAUCCAGAGGUUUUCACAGUUUCACUGAUGGCUUUUAACCUUUCCUUCGCUUGUGUUGGGUGCGAGCACGCUUGCUUUGGGGCGGAGCACACACAGUCGCAUGCAGCUUCAGUGCACAACUCAGGUCAUCAACAAAGAACUCAAUGUUUUGAUGCCUUUGCGGUUGUGUUGUUUGUGUCUGUUUUUGUUCUUUUUUUUAUACAAAAAAGAAGACUUGGUGCUAAAUAUUGUCAGACACUAGGAUACAGCAUAUAGCCCUGUAAUUACAGUUUUGUGUUUUUUUUUUUUUUAAAGUUUAAUUAGAUUCUGAAUUUUGGAUGCAAUGAUGUUUGGUGAUGGCAACCUUCCAGGAAAGCAAGCAUGCUUUUCGUUUUGAAUGUUAUCUGGCAAGCUAACGUCAGCUAUCCAGUCAGUAGAUGUGCCUUCAGCAUUCGGUUUUAAUCACGUCAUUAUUGUCAGUUAGCUGAUUUUGACUGAUUCAUUGAACAUCUUUUCUGGUAGCGUAGUGGUGCACAUGCUUGGCUGUAGCACAGCCAGCAUGGGAUGGAUGGAUACACAGCUACGAGGCGUGAGUGUGCGUUGUUGUUCGUUGAUACGUGCCCUGUGAUUGACUGGCGACCAAUCCAGGCUGUACCUGGCCUUCCGCCAAAAGUCAGUUGGGGUAGGUUCCAGCUCACCCGCUACCCUGAACAGGGUAAGUGGUAGAAAGUGACUGAAUUAAUGGGUAUUCAGUGAUAGCCACUUUUGACGUGUGUGUUCUUUGCUUUCACGAUGAGAUGGUGUGAUGCGUCGACGCCCCAGCUUUAUUUUGAAUGAGUAGAUCUCAAAAAUCAGUAUUUUCUGUGUCGCUCAGCUGUUUGAAGCCCCUGGGGGUAGAUGUCCACGGGGGGCUGUUAGCGAUGUGUUGGCCUCACAAGGGGGCGGGCCAGAGGUGCCUUGACAUGUUUGUAUUAGUAUUGUUUCGUAAUGGACUCUGUGGUUGUGAGGUGGACCCUUCAGCACCAAAUGUCUGUGUGUCCUCUGGAGUUGCUGUGACCAGCUGUGUGGCAACGCUCAAGCAUGUUUGCCCACUUUAUCACAAAAAAGGUUUUUCUUCUUUUUGUAAGCUUCCAAUGUUUAGACUAGCACCACGCUUCUUUAAGAGCUGCUUCAUUCUUAUUUAUUCUAAGUCACUCUGCCUUCUUUCGCUCUGCUGUUUUAAAGCAUUGUCUCUUCCCCUCCUCUGGGUGUCAUGUGUUGUGGCACCCUCCCCCCCGGCCCCCUCAAUGUUGAACACAUCCCCUUGCCUUCUCCCAUAAAAGUUCUUCCGAUUAUCAGGCUGCGAAUUUGAUACAUAGAUUUCCACCAUGUUUGUUUGAAUGUGAAUACGUCAUUGGAGAGCUGAGACUGUGGUCCAGUUGAAGAUGUUCUGAAACUGGAUCUAAACAUGUACACUGUCAAGUGAGAUGUAUUUGGUUUGUAAAUCAGCGUGUUGGUAUGAACUCUCUAUAAAAAGGUGCACUUUUUUUCUCUCCAUGGAUGAAAUUUACCCCGACUGAAUUCUAGUCUAUGUCAGGACAACCUGAUGACCCAACGUUGGAGCGACAUGCCCCUACCCUUUGUGUUUCUUAAAUAAAAACAAAAUUCAUGUGC